AGGCUAUAUAGCUUUCCGUUGGAGUCCCUCCCUGCCACAGCACCAUAUAUAUAUGCACAAGGAGCAAAAUCAGAAAGAGGCAUCAACUUUCAACUUUAUAACAACAUCCCAACUUCAACACCUCAAAAUGGCAGCUUUUUCCCAGCAUCCCCGCUUCUGCUCUUGACUCUUUUUUCGUGCCAAAGUCCUCAAAGAUCACAUGUCUGGCUAAUUCAAGAAAAAAAAAAAAAAAGCAUUUCCUGUAAUUUUCACCUCAGAUUUCUUCCAGGUGAAUAAACUACUUUGUUAGAGAGACUUUGGCCCCUCCGAUGCCAUGUCCAACUCCAAAUUCAUGAAACCACAAGUGACUGAGUCUAGUCUCUUUCACCUCCACUAUUCAGUACUCUUGUUGUAAUGAACACUAUUAUUAUUUACCCCUUUUACUAUACUAGAUGAUACAUCUUUACAACAACACAAUGUCUUCAUCAUCAUCUAUGGAGAAGGGAAAGAAAACAAUGAUCUCUAAAGAAGAAAAGGAGGGCAAAUUAGGAAAGAAGAUGAAACAAAGGAAGCAAAAUGGUGGCAGCUUCAUCACCAAUUCAGAGGAGAAGAGGAUCAAGUUGGAUUCUUCUGAUCAUCAAGAGGAAGUUCCGAAGACCGAUUAUAUUCAUGUGAGAGCACGCAGAGGUCAAGCAACAGACAGUCACAGCCUUGCUGAAAGGGCAAGAAGAGAGAAGAUCAGAGAGAGACUUCAGUUUCUGCAGUCUCUUGUUCCUGGUUGUGACAAGAUAACCGGCAAGGCUCAGGUGCUAGAUGAGAUAAUUAAAUAUGUCCAGUCGUUGCAGAAUCUAGUAGAGCGCCUUGCAGCGAAGCUUGCUUCCGCGAACUCCAUGCUGAUUGGCUUCGAAGUUGACCCGCUUAUGAACACGCAGGCGCCAGACCAGGUGCCCUCAUUAGAUGGGAAAUGUUGCUUUGAACUUCCAUUUCAAACUGUGUCAGAAUCUACAAGUUUAACUCAGUUCAGUUCCUUUGCUGACACCACUACAACUACUACACCUGGUUUUGCAUCCACUGAAAUAUUUCAGGAUUAUGGAGACCUAUUUUCGGGCUUCAACGGCCAACGCCAGAAUAUUGAUUUUCAAUGUGUGGAUAACAUGAGCAAUUUCUAGUACCUCAGAAGACACAAAAGAAAAAUAUUGAAGACAAGAAGGAAACAAGAAUGCUAAAGAUCUAGAGAAAUAUUGAUGCUUUGCAAUCUAACUACUUGAUUAUAGUAGAUUGUUAGGAGCAAAAAAAAAAAAAAGAGAGAAAUUUCGUUCUGGUGGACAAUAACACCAAUUAUAUUGAGUGACUUUUUCCUCUGCUUUAAUUUCUUCAGAAAAUUUCAAGAGGUUCAUUGUCACCCUACUGUUGUGUACUAAUUAUCUUCUGCUAUUUCUAUAUUUUGUGGGUUAUCUUUAAUCUUCUUAUUACAAGAGUACAUUUUUGUUAA